AAGAUUUGGAACAUGAUGGAAAAGCCCUUCUCCUCGAUUGCUGCCAAGCUGAUGGCUGUGGCAUCCUCCGUCUUUGUCCUGAUCUCACUGGUUGCCAUGACGCUGAACACCGUUGAGGAGAUGCAGUAUGAGACGCCAUCAGGGCAUCUUAGCGGCAGGUUCUACGGCGAACACGUGGAGACUUUCUGCAUCGCCUUCUUCACCCUGGAGUACGUUCUUCGCUUGCUGUCGACUCCCAGCAUCAGAAGUUUUGGACGCAGCGUACUCAAUUGCGUCGACCUGAUCGCCAUCUUGCCACACUACUUGCAGCUGCUCCUGGAGUUUUUCGAUGAAGGGGACACACACGUGCAUCCCGGAGACAUCGAGGCCAUGUCGCGUGUCGGAAAGGUGAAAGCGGCACACUCGCUGACUGAUGGGGAUGGACGUGACAUGACAUGAAGAC